CGCAGGACCGGAAGACCCGCCUCCGCGCAGCCCCGCCCCCCGCCCGCCCAGUCUUGAGACAUUCGAUUGGUCGGAUUUGUUUCUCGCGAGCUCAAGCGGACCAAUCGCAACGCCGCGGCGCCAAAGUUAAACCGCCAGUUCCGCAAACCGUCGCAUUGGUCUCUCAAGGCGUCGAAGCUGCGCAUUGUUCCGUACGACCGAGAGAACAGCGGCCCAAAUCAUCGCCGAUUCGACUUUUGCGAAGAUUAGGCUUUCAGAGCCCACCUCAAAUAUGGCUGACACGGUGAAGAAAACAGGCGAUGCUGGGAGCACACGUCGGAACCUAAACAAGAAAAGGGGAAACAAAGAGAAUGCUCAGCCUGCAUAUCAAAGCAAGUCCUCUGUCAAAAACACCACUGGGUCUUCUUCAGUGAUUCCCCUACACCUGAAAAGCAAUGAAAGAGAGAAACCCUUGGCAAAAGGGGACGGUUUUAAAAACGGAAAGUCCAAAAUGGAGACUGUGAAGUCAUCCUCUGAGCAGCCUCCUAAAAAGUUCAAGGCCGCACAGAAAGUUGGGACGCAAGGUGUUGCCAGUGAUGCCACAAAACGACAGACUCUGAGCCGGGCUUUUCUCACUCAACAGGUUGUGAAACACAGACAACUUGUUGCAGAGGUUACAAAGUCUGCAAAUCCGCCAGCUGCUGUGCCAACAGCUAAAUCUGCCCCAGGUAUGUACAAAGGCAGAGUUGUCCAGUCAAAAAUUGGGUCCAUUUGGAAGUCCAGCGUUGCUUUGGGAGGAACUGAUCAAACCUCAACUGCAAGGCCAUUGCCGUCCAAAGUGAAGAGCAAAACUGUUGAAACACUGGCAAAGACUAGGUCCAAGUCUGUUGCUGAUUUGCCUAGGCGUGUUGUACAGCAGCCUAAACCUGGAAAAUCCAACUCCGUGUCUGACGGAUUUCCUCCGGUCUCCAGUUAUCCCAUCACUAAUCGUCAAAAUAAAUUUUGCCAUACCAGCACUGCCACUGCAGCGGCUGCCCCUAGCUCCAGUAGAACCAAUACUGUGCCCAAGGGAAAAGGGACACAGGGCGACAAGGCAAAGGUACAAGUUACUACUGACAGAAAGGUCAGCAAGCCUCCUGUCUCAAGCAGCAUCAGCCAAUACAGAAUUUCUGUGGAGACUGCAGAGGAAAGGAGAUCAAAACUGGCAGAGUGGCUGGCUUCCAAGGGCAAGUCUCUGAAAAGACCAGCUAUGGCAACGGCAGCACCCCGCAAAACUAAAGUGGAUGCGAAACCCCAACUUCAGACUAAAUCCCAGAUAAAAUCUUGUGCCGAGCCUCAGCAUACCGUCCAGCAUGAAUGUGAAUCCAAUCUCCACAGUCGUGAGUUCAGUUCUGCUGUUCCUCAGCCUGAAGAUGAACAGACAUCUGAAAAACCAGCACACGUCUCAACCCCACAGAUCAUGAACACUACUCGGGACCUGCUGGAUAACUCGGAUGUGGACCUGCCUGUUGACCCAGAAUUCAGAAUGUAUGAUACUGUUGUGGUAAACCUGUGUGAUGCUUUGGCAGCAUUGGAGACACCCUCUAGUUGUGGGAAUGAACCUCUGCAGAUUGAAGAUGGCCCGGAUGAUGUGGAAAAAGAGAAUACACCAAAGACUGAGUGUCGAGAGGAAUUGCUUGAGGAAGUUAUGGAUGGGCCGGGGGACAUGGAAGUGAAGAAUGAAGCAAAUGAAAAAGAAUCCGGGUGUCAAAACAAAUUGCUUGAGGAAGUUAUGGAUGAGCCGGGGGACAUGGAAGUGAAGAAUGAAGCAAAUGAAAAAGACUGGAACCAGAAAGUGGAAAAAGAUGAAGUUGAAAGUGAUGCUGAUGAUGAUGAUGAAAAAGGCCUGAUGGAGGCAACGCCAAAGACGGAGGAAGCUUCUGUUGUGAAAUACAGCAUAAAGACAACUCCUUACCUGCAGAGUGUUAAAAAGACGAUUGAAGGCAACACCAGCGCUUCCAGAUCCCUACGAAAGAAGAGCAUCAAGGACUUAAAGUUCUUGACACCAGUUCGCCGUUCCUGCCGCAUCCAGCGCAGGUCUUCUCAUCUACCCGAAAUGCUGGCCGACCAUGACCCCUGCGUGUCUUCGCUGGCUGAGCUGGUGAAGUUAGACGACGAGGCCAACGCCUACAUUUACAGAAAAAAUCCUGCACUUCUUGACGAUCUGCCAGACCAGCCAGAAGACCAUUAGGGGAAUUUGAAUCUCUAUGGGGGUGUGGCAUGGGGUUUUUGAGAAACCUGUGGGACUGAACUAACACAAUUUAUAUAUGUUCUUCUUUCAGCUUGUUCCCUGUCUCCCAGGGGCCGCCAUGGCAGGUUUGAAGGUUUCCAUUGGUACCCUAUAAUUCAUAUAUAUUCUGCAUUUUAUUAAAAAAAAACAAUUCAGUUCAUCUGAUCUACUUGAUAUAUCAGCAAUGAGUCUUGUUAUUAUUGGACUUCUGUUUUAACACUGUUUCUAUCCUGAAUCUGUUUAUAUUUACAAGUUUGCUAAGAAAGUGUGUUGCAAAUGCACUGUUUGAUAAAUUAUCAACUAAAGUGCAUCUUUGGUACUAUGAUUAGUCAACACAGAUGUCACCAAGAUCCAUAACCUCAGUGACAAUAUUCAAGUCAUCCCGUUACACACUUUUUAAUAUUACAUUAGUUGGUCAAAAAUACCCGCCCAACUGGCCUAUGUACACACGAAUCAAAACUCAACUUUUCCAGUAUUGACAGUCAACAUUGCUGUAGUAAGAUGCAUACACUACAUCCUCCAUGCUGCAUGUUCUCCCCGAGUUUGGGUGAGUUUACUCCCACAGGCCGGAGACAAAGUUGCAAUGCCAACCCCCCGAAAUUUCCCUUAUAAGUGAAAUUUAAGUUAUAUAAAUAAUAUAUGUUAGGUGUUUGCUCAUUUAGGCUGGCUUCACAAGGCUACUAAAGAAACGCGUUUGAAUUGGAGUCUAAACUAACCAUGGGUGUGAGACUGUGGGUCCUCUGGCGGACUGGUGAUCUCUCCAGGGUGCCUUCCACCCUGACGUGGAUCAAACGGGUAUUGAUAAUGGAUGGCUGGUUGAUAAGGAGCACUAACUGGGUGCUUGGUGGAAACGUAUAUCUGCAGUGUAGGUUAGCAGUCUUUUGGUUUCCACACGAUUUGAUUAAGUACCCAUCACACUACUAACAACUACAGUCCUACAGAUGCUACUACGAUAAAAUCCUGAACAAUUCCAAAUACCUGUUUUCACAUACAAUACUGCUUAGUGUGGACUCAU